AUGGCCCGGCACGCGACGCUGGUGGCCACGGCCCUGGCGCUGCUCUUGCUGCUGGCUCCACAGGGCCUUGCGUGGUACAAGCCGGCGGCCGGGCCCAGCCAUUACUCGGUGGGCCGCGCCGCGGGGCUACUGUCCGGCUUCCGCGGAUCCCCGUUUGCGCGGCGCUCGGAGCUCGCGGGCGGGACGGGCCUCCAGCGCCGCGCCGGCGCCUCCUCGGAGCUGCGGCCCAGCCUGCGGAGCCUUGCCGUGUGCGUCAAGGACGUCACCCCGAACCUGCAGAGCUGCCAGCGGCUCCCCGACGGCGGGACCUUCCAGUGCAAGGCGGAGGUCUUCCUGUCGCGGCGCGCCGCCGACUGCCAUCGCACCUGAGC